AUUUGAACAGUAGGAGAAAUCCUAGGAAAUGAAGGGACUGAAGCGAGAAAAAAGGUGGGAGAGCACAGGAGCGAAAGAGCAAGAGAGGGCGCUAGAGCGUGGAGUACCGAAAGUGAGCUUGGUGGGAAGGGCAGAAGAUGGAUCAGACCGGGCCCAGAAGCAUAGGCGCCGGUCGUUUGCAAACGCAUUUCUUCACCCGCCUGGAAGUGGGCUGAUGAUGGCCCAGGUUCCAGAAGCUUCCCGGUCCUCUGAAUGUGAUGCGGGCUUGAGUUCGGGCGGCGGGGGAGGAGCCUCUGAAGAGCAGGCGGCUGAGAAGGCGGGGAAAAUGGAGGAGGAGGAGGCGAUGGGGACAGCGCAGACAUACGCGGUCCAGGAAGCCGAAAUGAAGCUGGAGUCUGAACAAGAGACCAAACCCGCGCCUGAGGAGAACUUGCCAUGGAGCAGCGGUGGCGAUGAGAAGGUGCUCCUACCAACCCCCUCUUCCUAUCACGGCAGCAUCUCGUCCUUUAGCCCGCGCCGCAAGCCCCGCCCUCGGCCCCAGUCCCGCUCCCGCUGCUCCCGCGGCCCUCUAAGGUUCUUAGUCCCACCCCCGCCUCCAAUCCGGCUCCCGCCGCCGCCGCCGCCGCCCCCAUCGCGUGCCCCGGCUUGGCGCCGAUCCCGGCGUAGAUACAGGCCUAUAUCCAGGCCCCAGACACGGAGAAGCUGCCCUAGUGACCUAGGCGGCUUUAGCGAUCCAGGCGGCUUUGGGGACUGGUUGCAGGAAGUUGAGUUUGAUCAGGGUCCCACAGGCUGCUCUCAUGUGGUGAGCUUUAAAGUAGCCAAAAACUGGCAGAAGAAUCUGCGAAUGAUCUACCAGCGUUUCGUUUGGAGUGGAACCCCGGAGACUAGGAAACGUAAGGCAAAGUCAUGCAUCUGUCAUGUAUGUAGUACCCAUAUGAACAGACUACACUCUUGUCUAUCCUGUGUUUAUUUUGGCUGCUUUACUGAGAAACAUAUUCAUAAACAUGCAGAAGCCAAACAGCACAAUUUAGCAGUAGACCUCUAUCAUGGAGUUAUAUAUUGCUUUAUGUGUAAGGAUUAUGUAUAUGACAAAGAUAUAGAACAGAUUGCCAAAGAAACAAAAGAGAAAGUUAUGAAAGGAUUAACUUCCACCUCAACAGAAUUUUCCUAUGAACAGUUUAUGCCAUUGGGGGUUGAAGAUAAUCAGUCAACCUGUGAAUCAAAGGAACAGGAGCUCAAUUUGGUGAAACCCAAGAAAAAGAGGAGAAAAAAGGUAGUCUAUACUGUAGGCUUGAGAGGGCUAAUCAACCUUGGGAACACCUGUUUUAUGAAUUGUAUUGUGCAGGCACUUACUCAUAUUCCUCUGCUGAAGGAUUUCUUCCUGUCUGAUAAGCACAAAUGUAUAAUGACAAGCCCCAGUUUGUGUCUGGUAUGUGAAAUGUCUUCACUUUUUCAUGCUAUGUACUCUGGGAGCCGAACUCCUCAUAUUCCCUAUAAGUUACUGCACCUGAUAUGGAUUCAUGCAGAACAUUUAGCAGGGUACAGGCAGCAGGAUGCCCACGAGUUUCUUAUUGCAAUAUUAGACGUGCUGCAUAGACACAGCAAAGAUGAUAGUGAUGAACAGGAAGCCAGCAAUCCCAACUGCUGUAAUUGCAUCAUAGACCAAAUCUUUACAGGUGGCUUACAGUCAGAUGUGACAUGUCAAGCCUGUCACAGUGUCUCCACCACCAUAGACCCAUGUUGGGACAUCAGCUUGGAUUUGCCUGGUUCCUAUGCCACAUUCAGUUCCCAGAACUCAGAGUGGGCUGACAGUACAAUGAGCAGGGAUGACCAUAUACCAGGAAUCCCCUCCCUUACAGAUUGCCUACAGUGGUUUACAAGGCCAGAGCCCCUAGGAAGCAGUGCCAAAAUCAAGUGCAGUAGUUGCCAAAGCUACCAAGAAUCUACCAAACAGCUCACAAUGAAGAAAUUGCCUAAGGUGGCCUGUUUUCACCUCAAGCGGUUUGAACAUGUAGGCAAACAGAGGCGAAAGAUUAAUACUUUUAUCUCUUUUCCCCUGGAGCUGGACAUGACUCCAUUUUUGGCCUCUACUAAAGAGAGCAUCAUGAAAGACGGCCAGCCACCAACAAGUUGUGUGUCUGAUGAGAAUAAGUAUUCCUUAUUUGCAGUGAUUAACCACCAUGGGACUUUGGAAAGUGGCCACUACACCAGCUUCAUCCGUCAACAAGAGGAUCAGUGGUUCAGCUGUGAUGAUGCCAUCAUCACCAAGGCUACCAUUGAGGACUUACUCUACAGUGAAGGGUAUUUACUAUUCUACCACAAGCAAUGUCUAGAGAAAGACUAGUCUUACCAGAGCACUAACCAUAAAAAAAUUCAAAGAAAUGAUUAGGUUAAGGAUCCUGAAGUGACACACAAAUCUACCUGAAAUGGACGAUUAUAAUAAUACCCUUAUAACAAUGAGCACCUCUUGAAGUAACAGGAAAACCUACUUAGAACGGACAAUGACAAUAAUACCUAUAUAUGACAUGUGGCAUCUGGAUAUAAAGGACUUACUUUACUAUGACCCCUGGGUCUGUAGAAGAAAAGAAUUGAAUACUAACCAGUGACCAUUCAGCCUUAUUAAGAGAUAGGGAGGGAGACCAGGUUGAAAAUGGUCACAGUGAAUAUAGUUAAAGUGCAAAGAAUGCUCAAAAAGGCAAAAGGUGAGGGAAGAGAUAUUCUGACACUACUAUAUGCCAUUUAUUUCUACAAAAAUAUUGUGGAGAGUCUGGGAACAUUCAUUAGAAAAAAAAAGUUUUAGAAUGGAUGUACCAGCUGUGGGUAACCAGCCAAAUAUUGAAAAAAUAUUUUAAAAGAAAAAAAUUUAAAGCUUUAAAAGAGAAACAUUUU